UCUAGAUGCUCUACAGGCAACUUCCAUAUGUUUCAAGGGUUUUAAAUCAAGAUGGAUAAGAUGUCACAUCAAAAUAAAUUAAUUUUAUGACCAUAAAUUCAGUUAUCUUACUAUGUUAGACUAAUAAUAUGAGUGUAAUAAAAAGACUUGCUCCCAAAAAGUUUUUGUGCCGGUAUCCUCUCAGCCAAGGGGCUUUGAUUGCAGCUGUAACUCUACUUUGUGUAACGUUAGUAUGCGGAAUAGCUCUCAUAGUCCAGGUCCUGUUGAUGAAGAACUGCCAGAAAUGCGGUGGUUACGAGUGGAGGAACGCGUACAGUUUUAGCAUAUCCGGUGUGAUUUACUGCUUUAUCAUGCUUGUCAUGCAUGGGUGGCUGAUUUGGGGAGUGAAAAAGAAAAAAACCACAGUGAUAUUGUCAUGGGUAGUGAUUACGACGAUGUGGUGGAGUCAGACGUUCUUCCUGCUAAUUAUUCUCUUAUGCAUCCAUAGCGCUGAAGUUAAUUUUGUAGCGUGCAUUCUGGCUUUCACCUUUGGAAUGAUCGCGAUAUGUAUAUUAUUCUACCUGAUUUUAGUCGUAUUUGGACUAUGGAUCGAGUUGAAGGAUGCGCAAAAAGUUCAAAAUAUUGUUGCAGUUCUAAACAAUUAAAACAUUCUUAGUAAUAUUUUACUUUAUUUACAAAGACAAUAAAAUUGUAUAAAAAAUUAAUAUAAAUAAAAUAAAUUAUUUUUC